AUGUCGACUGUUGAUGAGGAAAAGUUAAAACAACUGAAGAAAGAGUUGGAGAAAUUUAAGAAAGGGGAAACAAUUAAAGGUAGAUCGAGAACAACGCCACUAGGUAAACUUUUUGACCAAAUUUCAAACAAGAUAGACGGCUUUCAAUUACAAAAAGAUGUAGUCGGUUUUCUAUACAAUAACUUUGGCGGUGAUAAAACGGAAACUGAUCGAAUUUACAAAAGGAGAUACGUCAUUGGCCAAAUAUUGGACUCUCUCUCUGAGAUCAAUAAACUUUCUAUGAAAAAUAAAGAGUCCUCUAUGAUAUCUAUUCCCUUAUAUGAUAUAAGAAUAGUUGGUGAACUAACUAAUAUUCUCAUUAUUCACGGUAUUUAUUCGGUUGUUCCUCAAGGGUAUUUAAUUCCAUUAGAUCAAAGAAAGCUUAAAAACUUCAAGAUACAAACAGCAUUUGAGAGAAUUGAUUUUAAGGCUGGGGCUCCCAUAUUGAAAGAUAUACUUUGCAAAAUGACUCAAAUAUUUGAAUCUGAUAGUGAUUUAAAAGACCUAAUACUUGUGGGAACUGGGUUUACUGACACAUUGUCAAUUGCCGUACUCUUUUUCUUCUCAUCCGACGAGUACCGUCAAUAUCUUGAUAAGUUAGAGUCGAAAAGUUCUACUUAUCAGCUAUUAUCUUUUUACUCUUUGCUGUAUAGAAAUUCAAAACAAAAUCCCAAAUAUGCCAAUUUUGUGUUGUCUUUGUUGACAAAACAAAUUUUAAAGCCCAACGGAAUGGAAUCUUUAAUUGACUUGGUCAUGGGUUUGAGAGAAGACGAAGACAUUGAUAUAACAAAAAUCAAUUAUGUUGUGCAAGUGAUAAUAUCGUCCAAGCCCACAGGCAUGUCAGCAGUUGAGUACUUCCAAAAUAUCUUUACACAAAUAUACAAACUGCUUAUUUUGGUUAAUAGACCGCUGAUGAAUACGAUUCUAGUUGAAAUAAUAAAUGACAUAUAUCUGAAGAACAAAGCCGUGAUCAUCGACUUUUUAUUCAAAGAAAUUUGGAAAACUUUCAAUCCUGAGCCCAAAAAAGAAUCUGAUGAUAUUGUACUAGUAUGUGGUGUGGACUUGAACAAUGCAUUCAAUGUGUGUCUAUCAAUCUCAAGAUCUCUUAAUAGAAACAAUCAAGAAAUCAUCAAUGAAUUAUUUGAGCCCGUGUUGUUGAAACUGUGGUAUUAUGCAAAUUUUCAAAAAGAGAAGGGAAAAGACUAUGGAAUCGUAGUGAACUUAAUAAAAAACAUUAUUAUUCUAGGUGAUACGAAACAUUUCGUGAAACUGAUAAUUUCAAACUUGAUAAAUUUCCAAGACAAAUGGGUUUUUGGUACUGAAGAUAAUAAUUUGACGUACAUUAAAUGUAAUACUAAUGAAGUUUAUACGAACAAAGAUAACAAGUUUUUAAAACUCUUUGAUGAAAUUGAUUUCUAUGUUGACAGUUUUGUGGAACUCGCUACAAAACUAAACGACAGUGAUUCGGAAUUAUUAAAUACCGUACUAAUCAUUGUUCUUGAUACUUUCACUUCGAAAUCAUUUGCCUCAAACCUUGAUCUACCAAUACAAAGAGUUAUUGAUUUGAAACUGAUCCAAUCUCUCCUUGAAACUUUCCGGAUAGAAAUUGAAGAUACUCCUAUUGCGGUUUUGUUCUUCACGAAUACAUACCUCACCCAAUUUUUCAAUUCUAAAAAAUCAGAACCAGAUGCAGAAUUAAGAGUAAUUGAUGAAGAAAACGACUCUGAUGAUGAAGAUGGAGAGGAGGCAAUCAUUCAAGAUUCAGAAAAUGUAAUUGCACUGGUUCCUGUUUUGGAAAUCAUCUCAGAGUUGAGGCCUUCUAGGGACGAUGAAAAAAACCAAUUAGAAAGACUACAGACACUUCUCAAACAAAACAAUGCAUCAAUACCUACAACAAUAAAACCCUUCACGGAUAGGAUUGUUGAGAUAGACACACACAACUUGGUGCUAAAACCAAAGAUAGAUGCGUUCAACAUCGAAACAAUAUUGAAACAGAUCAAUGAUACGAGCCCUUCGAUCAGAGUAUAUGCAUUGAAUAACUUAACAGAACAUGCCCUUUCUGGAAAAACAGGCGAAGGUAAUAGCAAUGUUUCCGUCAAGUAUACCGUUAAUUUACUUAUAGCGCAACUAAAGGAUCCAGAACCCUAUGUGUAUCUCAACAGUAUAAAAUGCUUGGUAUCCAUUAUCUCAUAUGACAAAUCGUUUCUUGGUGUUCUAGUCGAUCAAUAUUCCCACUCACCCAAAUCUAUUGAUGAGAAACUAAGACUUGGUGAAGUGAUAACCAAGUUUGUCAAACUGAAUGGUAAAGUGUUGAAACAGGAUCAGGUGAAAGAAAUCAUUACAAUGUGUAUCAAUAUAGCAAGAUCUGAUUCUAAAUUACAACAAAGAUACAAAGACAAUAAGGAUGUGAGGAUGAAAAUGUCGGCGUUAUCCAUUCUAGGAAUCAGCUGUUCUGAAUGUGGUUACGAUAUUGUUCCCUAUGUUAGCGAUAUCGUUGACUUGAUACAUGGUAUCAUUACGUUUGAGGAUAGUGUGGAACUGAAGAGAGCAGCUGUUGUUAUUGUGAAUGAUAUUGUUCGUAAUGAAAAGGGUCUUGGAAUUCUCGAAAAUUAUGGGGAGAAGAUACAGAUUCUUCUCGAAUUCAUCGCCGAGAAGGAUACAGACUUGUUGGUCAGUGGCUUUGCUGAAGAUGCUCUAAACUCUAUUGAGGAAUCUUUCCAAAAGAAGCUAAAAAUCUCCGGAUAA